GAUGAUAGAAUAAGAAGUGGACGAAGAAAUAAGGCAGAGAUGGCAGAUAGAGUAUUAGAAAAAAUUAGAUGUGAUGGUGUUUUGAUUAUGAUCCCAACUUUGAACACAUCAUUGAGGAUGACACCAACGGUUUUAAUGAGUAUGAUGAUCCAAUUUAUUAACAACAACAGCGGAGAUCACGGAGACCACAGAGACCACCGAACUCAGUGUAUAAUCCAGGUCUUGAAAAGUGUUGCGAUUAUUGCUAUGCAGUCCUUAUCGAUACUGAAUUACCAUCUUUUUGUUGCAACACGGACAAAAUUUUACUCAGUGACAUAUUCAAAGAACUUCCACAGUACAUGA